AUGUCAUCUAGAAGAGAAAACGAAACGUUUGCACAAAAACCAGACAGCUCGGCAAACCAACCAACGACUCCAUCCAACCUAGCUAGCUUGGAUGGCUCAAUGCAUUCCAUUCUUCCCAGGACUGUGGAUGAUACACCACCACACAGCAGUGUUGGGAGUUGUUAUACAUGGGGCCGAGGAGCGUUCAGAACUUUCCAGGAUGACUUUUUUUAUUUCACAUCCAAAUGCAACUUCAUACUGAGCCGUCAGUGCAAAGGUACUGCAGAGGAUUUUAACAUCCAGAUUCGCAGGGGUGCAAAUGGCAAUCUGGAACACAUCCACAUCCUGAUCGAAGGUGUCUCUGUUAUUACAGAGAAUGAAACAGUUAGAGUUAAAGAUUUGACUAUAAAACUGCCGUAUGAUGAUAAGAUCAUUGCUAUCCAGAAAUAUGGCAUUUACACAAGAAUUUCCAACAGGAAGCAUACGAUAUCUGUUAUCUGGAAUCUUCGGGAUUCAUUGUCGGUAACUCUUGAUACUAAAUAUAAAAAUCAAACUUGUGGCCUUUGUGGAAAUUUUCAAGAAGGAACUGGAAUCAAUACUGAUUCUGACAAUGCUGUAUAUAACAUCAUGGUUGCGAAUCAGCUGGAUGUUCUGGGUCAAGCAUGUGUUAAUGACCAUCCUUCAAGUUCAACAUGCUCAGCAGCUAAAACAAAAGCUUGGACUGUAAAAGUUGAGCUGCGGCCAUGUCAGAUCGCAUUUAAACAAACAUGUUUACAGCGUGUGGUGCUCACCCACAAUCAGACGUCAUAUACAUUCAGUAAUGAUGGCAAUGUUUAUUCUGAAGGGAAUAAAGUUGGACUUCCCCUAGCAAAAGGUGAUGUGAUAAUAUUUCAACAGUCCUCAAUGUUCAUUCAAGCAGCAAUUGGUUCUGGUAUGAAGAUGCAAGUACAGACAUCUCCCAUCAUGCAUCUUUACAUCUCACUGCCUGAAGCUGCCCAGGGAAGUACAAAAGGACUAUGUGGCACUUUCAAUGACAAUACAAAUGAUGACUUCCUAUCUGCACAUAACAUUGUGGAAGAUGCACCUCUUACUUUUGCUAAUUCCUGGGAAGUUGAAAGCCAUUGCACUGGAACAUCAAUAUUUGAUCCAUGUGUUAGUUCAGAUAAUGAUAACUCAUGCAGUUACUCUCAGGUUUUUGAGAAUGACAUGAGAGCGUGUAACCGUACCUGUAGAUCAUUAUCAGAGAAUGAUUAUACCUGUCGUGUUCAGGAUGUCCCGGUUUAUGGUUGUGGCUGUCCUAAGGGAAAGUAUAUGGAUGAAAGCAGAGUCUGUGUGGACAGCUCUGACUGCCCGUGUUAUGCUGCAGGGCUACUUCUGGAAAAAGGGCAGAGUAUUAAUAUGCACGGCCGAUCUUGCAUUUGCCAAGGUGGAAAACUUCAUUGCUCCCCAGUAACAACAACCUCCCGGCCUCCAGGUUGUCCGCAUGGGAAAGUGUUCAUUAAUUGUAAAAGUGAAGGUGCCCCUUCCACUGAAUACUCGUGUGAGAGAACGUGUCGAACUCUAAACACACCAUGCAGUCCAUGCGUUCCUGGCUGUGUCUGUCCAUCUGGUCUUGUGGAAGAUAAUGAUGGAAACUGCAUUCAUCAUGAAAACUGUUCUUGUUUAUUUAGUGGUGAAUUUUACAGAAAUGGCAGAGAAAUUCAAAGAGAUUGUAAUAAAUGCACAUGCCAGGGAGGGACAUGGAAUUGUACUCGUAAGGAAUGCCCGAAGACCUGUGAAGUUUAUGGUGACGGCCACUAUGUAACUUUUGAUGGAAGAAGAUAUGUCUACGAUGGAAACUGUGAAUAUAUUUUCGUUGAGGACCAAUGUAAUCGUCGAAAAGGCACAUUCCAAAUACUGAUUGAAAGUGUUCCCUGUUGUGAAAGGGGAAUGACUUGUUCAAGAAAUAUCAGGAUUUUAUUUGAGGGUAAGGAACUCAUUCUAACUGAUAACCAUGUGGAAACAAUUGAGAAGUUUACAAAUCAAACCCAGUGCCCAAAUGAGUUUUAUUCUCACCACACCGUUGGGCUGUAUUUGAUCCUGAAAUUUUCUCAUGGAAUCACCGUGAUAUGGGACAAAAGCACAAGGUUUUCAAUCACACUGGAUUCAAGAUGGAAAAACAAUGUGUGUGGUCUGUGUGGGAAUUUCAAUGAUGAUGUUUCAGAUGAUCUGACAACAAAAAGCAACUCCUUGGUGACCAGCGCAGUGGAAUUUGGAAAUAGUUGGAAAUCUAUGGCCUGCUCAGAUACAGUCAAUCAAACAUCACCAUGUGAUAGAAACCCUUAUUGUUUAGCAUGGGCACACAGGAAGUGUGGCAUAAUUAAAAAUGUUGUGUUUCAAGCAUGCCAUGGAAAGGUUGACCCAACUCCAUUCUAUGAUGCCUGUGUCCAGGAGGCUUGUGCCUGUGAUUUGGAAGGGAAAUACCUGGGUUUCUGUACCGCUGUAGCAGUGUAUGCAGAAGCUUGUAAUAAAGCUGGUGUUUGUGUUGACUGGAGAACACCAGAACGAUGUCCUGUGUAUUGUGAUUACUAUAACACACCUGGUGAAUGGAGUUGGCACUAUCAGCCAUGUGGAACAUUAACAACAAAAACAUGCUCAGAACAUAGCAUUGGAAAGAAGUACUCUGCAAUUCUUGAAGGUUGUUAUGCAAACUGUCCAGAGAAUGCUCCUUACCUGGAUGAAAACAAAAUGAAGUGUGUGAACAUGUCUGGUUGCACUUGUUAUUAUAAUGGAAAAAUACUGGAACCCGGUGAACAAAGCAAUGACUGCAUACCUGCGUGA